AUGUUCUACAGCCACGAGAUCCUGACCUCGCCAGAACAUGGCGUCGCCACAGUCUGGCUGGCCGCAACUCUCGGCCCCAAGUCAACAACUCGCAAAAUAAACCGCAAGGCUAUCUUCGACGUGAAUGUGCCUGGGGCGUGCAGGGUUAUUACCAACCCAGAAGUCCCGAUGGCAUUGCGUCUGCAGGGGAGUAUGCUAUACGGCGUUAGCAGAGUCUUCUAUCAACAAUGUGGAUACACCCUUCUAGAUGCGCAAUCAAUGCGAGACAAGAUGGCUUCAAUGCUGCGACUCCUGCCUGGCAGCGACUUGGAUCCGAAUGCCGGAAAAGCAAAACCAAGUUCUCUCAUCCUCCCUUAUGAUCCGACCUUCCUCCCCGAAACAGGACUUCCGGGCCUCAACUUCGAUUUUUCGCUCUUCAAUUGCGCAGAUGACGCCUCCACUCAAGGGUCAAGUCUCUGGGGAAAGUCAGCUGGGAGUCAAUCUACCUUCCUCCAAGGGAAUAGUAAGAUCCAGGUCGAAUUCCCGAUGGAAGAUGUGGGGACAGGGAAUAUUGUGGCAGGAUUCGAAGAUGAUAUUUUCGGGUCUGCGGUGAAUCGAGGACUUUUCGGACGAACUUCACCUGUCGCAAAGGGAGGCGAAGAAGGAAUUCUCCUCCAGCCUGACUUCGAGUUCGACGAAGAUGGGAAUAUCGUCGAGUUUCAUUCUAGUCGACUCUCGCCGAGAAAGAGACGCAAGAUUGCUUCGAUGCCGCGAUUGAGUGAAGAUACUCCUUCUGGAAGUUUACAUCGAAAGGAAAGACAGCAACUGAUUUUCAAACAAAUCAAGAUCGUACAGAUGAAUCAAGAAGAAGAUCCAUUCCGAGAUGAAGUGAUGAUGGACCUCGACUUGAAUCCGAACGCAGCGCAAACGACAAAUAUCCCUGAACUCGAGGGCCAGGCCCCAAAAAAUCACCAAAACCAAGUGGAACAAGAAGCAGAUAUAACCCACGAUCCAACAGAGAUCUUCCGAGCCCCAUCUCGCAAGCGUCCACUCCGAGAAAUCGCCCUAGAUGAAAAGACAACCCUCCGAAAUGCAGACCUCGCUCGCUCAAACGAAGAGUACCUGGUAAACAUGGCCCAAGCCACCAAGCAAAAGAAGUACAACAGACUGCAUACAAUUGCAAAGAAGAAUGCAGCUUUUUGGGUCUAUGGCCAGGGACUGGGCUCUGUUGACUGUAUAAGUCGCUCCGGGGCGUGGGAUUACGCCCAGACCCCCCAGGAUGAACGAGGUACGGAAGAUGAGCAAGAUCAUGCGCGCGCAUUACCACGCGAAGCCCGAGCCCAGGAUCGGGGUAUGAAUGCUUAUGUGGAUCAGCUCGAAGAUGUCGAAUUCGCCCGCCACGCUCCGUCAAGCAUCCUCGAUGAUGCUUCUUCGCAAAUGCCGUGGAACAUCAGUGCAUCUCUGCACUCCUCUGGUCAGGCUCAGCGGUUCGGGAGUAGGAGUAUGAGUAUCGGUGACCCUCGUUUUGAGUCGAAUACUCGGGCCGGAGUUGGUGUUGGUGUAGGGGGACGAUACAGAAUCACAAGUGCCAGUCCCCUCGCCGGAAGAAGCCAUCUUGAUCCAAGCCAUUUCGAUACUGCUGGUGGAUAUAUCGACGACGAGCUUGAGAUAACCCGUUACCUGGAAAAUGAACUUGCAUUGGACCGUGAGAACGUGAGUAUGCUAUCGAAUCCGAAUACGCAGUCGCGUCUACGAAAGACCCGGAACAGUCUGGGUGAACAGCUUCAAUAUCUACGGAAGAACCAUCGAUACCUUGCAAGUCUUGAUCGGGAGAGUCUGAAUUUCUACGAAUUUAUUCGCGAGAAUAUUUCUGCAGCUGCACCUGUGCUCGAACUUGAAGAUGACGAUGAUGAGAGGAGUGGGAGUGUUAUGUUCGGCGAUAUUCUUCCGCCCUCUCAGACGACUCGAGUUGUUGCUACGCAGGCUUUUAUGAAUGUUCUCACGCUUGCGACGGAGGGGUGGCUAGUUGUUCGUCAGGAUCGACUUUCGGAUGGUGGUGGUGAUGGUUGGGGCGCGCGGUAUCGAUCUGGGGGUAUCUUUAUGCGGGUUGUUGAGGGGGAUGGUGCCAGUGCGACCCAAGAAGUUUGA